UUCUUUCAUUUAACCCGGGAUUACUCACCUGGGGGUCUAGCGCAGGUACAUCCCGGCGACUAGACCUCCACGUGGGUAAUCCGGGUUAAGGAUACAAAUAUUUUUAUCAAAAUUUUUAUCGAUUUCUUUACAAAUUUAUUUAUUUUAAUUAUUAUGAUUUGAAUUAUAAUUUGUAUGAACAUCUUGAUAAUCUUAUUCUUUUGUUAAGAUAACCUAUAUGUAUAAACCAUAUAUACAUUGUAGUUCAUGCCAGUGAUUCAGCAUAACCUUAUAAAAUUAUGUUGAAAGAAACGUAACAUUAAUGUUGCAUAUUUUUUAAUUUUUUUUCAAUGUAAAGAAUAAAUAAAAUUCAAAAUGAAAACGCAGAACUGGAAAGAAUUAGAGUCGCCUUUAAGUGACUCUGUAUUGAAGACCAUUGAAGAAUUAAACUUUCCUUAUAUGACACCGGUGCAGGCAGCUUCUAUACCAAUGUUAUUAAACGGAAAAGAUGUUGCUGCAGAAGCAGUAACAGGGAGUGGAAAAACAAUUGCUUUUUUAGUUCCAUUAUUAGAAAUCUUACAGAAAAGGAAUGAAAAGUGGAAACCUACAGAAAUUGGGGCAAUAAUAAUUAGCCCUACAAGAGAGCUGGCUGUUCAAAUAAGUGAAAUUUUGCAAAAGUUUCUGAACAAUAUACCAAGUUUGAAACAAGUAUUACUUGUUGGUGGUACAACGAUUGCAAUGGACGCAGACAAAAUUCAAGCAGGAGCAAAUAUUAUUGUAGCAACACCUGGUAGAUUAGAAGAUAUGUUGUGUAACUGUAAAUGUAUAAACUUGGUAGCAUGUGUAAAAUCUUUGGAAAUACUGAUCUUAGAUGAAGCUGAUAGACUAUUAGAUCUAGGUUUUUCUGCAACGCUAGAUACAAUAUUAUCUUAUUUGCCACGUCUCAGAAGAACAGGUUUAUUCUCUGCAACUCAAACAAAGGAAUUACAACAGUUAAUAAGAGCUGGGCUUAGAAAUCCGACUCUGAUAACUGUUAAAGAGAAACCAAAUAUUUCUACACCAUCAAACUUAAAAAAUAAUUACGUGAUUGUGAGUGCCGAGUACAAAUUAUCUAUAAUGAUUGAUUUUAUUCGGCAUAAAGGCAUUAAUUUAAAAUAUAUGAUCUUUUUAUCUACUUGCGCAUGUGUUGAUUACUUUAGUCAUGUUAUACAAACUAUGUUGCCAUCUAUUCAAGUAUUUGCAAUUCACGGGAAAAUGAAAAGCAAGCGGUAUAAAGUAUUUAACGACUUUCGAUCUACUGAAAGUGGGAUUUUAAUUUGUACAGAUGUAAUGGCUCGUGGUAUUGAUAUUUUAGAAAUGGAUUGGGUAUUACAGUAUGAUCCCCCCUGUUCAGCUAGUAGUUUUGUUCAUAGAUGUGGCAGAACUGCUAGAAUAGGUAAUGAAGGAAAUGCGUUGUUAUUCCUCUUAGAAACAGAAGAUGCAUAUGUAGAUUUUAUUAAAAAGAAUCAAAAAGUAGAUUUACAACAAAUAGUUUUGGAACCAUCCAUAAUUUCGUAUGAGAACUGUUUAAAAUGUAUGAGAAAUUUACAAAAACAAGAUCGAUUUUUUUUUGACAAGGCUAACAGAGCGUUUGCAUCAUACAUCCAAGCAUAUAAUAAACACGAGUGUAAUUUAAUAUUAAGACUAAAAGAUAUUGAUUUAGGAAAACUUGCAAUGGGUUUUGGUUUAUUGAAAAUGCUUCGUAUGCCAGAGCUUAAAGGAAAAGAUACAACGAAUUUUGUGGAAGAAGAUAUUGAUAUCAAUUUACUUGCGUAUUCAGAUAAACAAAAAGAAAAGAGUCGUUUAGAAAAGUUGAAAAUUUUCCAAAAUACUGGAGUAUGGCCUAAAACACAAAAACGUAAAUCCAAGCAAACUGAACCUUGGUCUGAAACUAAGAAAAGAAAAAUAGAAAAACAGGAAAAUCGCAAAAGAAGAAAAGAAAAAAAAUUAAAACAAAAAAUGUCUACAGACAUAACAAAAAAACAAAAAAGGAAAAUAAAUGAACAGGAUAUGGAAGAUCUAGCCAAAGACAUAGCGUUAAUUAAAAAAUUAAAGAAAAAAAAGAUAUCUCAAGAAGAAUUUGAUAUGGCUUUUGGAAUUGAUUAAAAAGUUUAAUAGCAAUGAAUAAUACAUUUAUUUGUAUAUGAAUAAGAUAAG